GAGAGCUGCUGGGGAUGACAGUUGCUUCAGGCAACCCUGGGGAGGACAGGGUCGGGGGUAAAAAUCACCGGUGAGGGCCUGAGCUGGGAAGGGCAUGGAGGGGUACCAUGGUGCCGAGUGCGACAGGGCGUCUGAGACCUCGUCCUUCGUAGAGGAUGAAGAAGAAGAGGGAGAAGAGGAGGAGGAAGAGGAGGAAGAAGAGGAGGAGGAGGAGGAGGCUGUGGGUCCUGAGGAAGCAGAGGAGCUGACUAACAGUUUAAAAGAUCUUAUCCAAAGUGAAGAUGUGAAACCCAAGCUGCAGUACAUCAUGACUAACCCUUCCUUUUCUAUGGUGACAGUUCAAAGUGAAGAUAGUGGGAUAACCUGGGAAACCAGCUCAAGCAGAUCUUCUACUCCCUGGGCCUCAGAAACUAGUACAACUUCUGAUCUUUACAGUAUGGAAAGUUCACCAGUAGGUUCUCCUCCAGGAAAAGUUAUCUUUAUUAUGGAUGAAGGUAAGAUUGUUCGGAAAAGGAAGCGUAAAUCUUCAAAUAGGGUGCCAAUGGCUACAAACCUGAAGGGAGGCCAGGGCAAUAAGAAACGUGACUCUUCUGGAAUGCAGAGGCAGGAACCAAGAACUGUUCUAGGAGAUGUGCAGGGCUCCGUGUUGAACGUUGAACAGGUGGAAGCACAAGACACAGAUGAGGAAAUGUUGGACGACAAAGAAGAUCUAGAGAACAUUGCAGAACAGCCAGUAAAACGUGCUCCGAUAAGGUCAAUAUUUAGAGAAAGCAGACUGAGAAAAGUAGGGCCGAUCCUUGGAGGACCAGUACAAGCUAGAAUCCAGCUGUUCAACUCAAUUUUGGGGGGGACUGAGCCAACCCCUGAAAUAUUGGAGAAAAACAGAAUCCAGCAAAGUAGCUCAGUUUCAGGAGAUUCUGAACAGUUCCUUGAAACACCAGUCAAAGAAAGAUUGCAGAAGUUCAGAUCACAUCCAGGAGCAACACUUCCAAAAACCUUCCAGAGAACAAGAAGUAAACAUCUUGAAACACCAUCGGAGCGGAGAAGGGAGCAAAGACAGCAACCCACAGCACAUGCAAAUCAAAGCUAUUCUUCACUAGCAACGCCUCUUGAAAAACGGCUUACUAUUAAAGAUGAUGUUUCAUCUGAAAAUAUUAAACCCAUUAAAAUGAAAGAUAAACCAAGCAGAUUUUCAAGCUUUGGUGCAGAAACAGCUUUUCAACAUGAAGAAAGAAAAGACAGACGACCUCUUUUGGAGAUUCCAAAUCAAAUAUCAGGACAGUCACUGAAGUGCUGCCCUUCUGAAGAAGCCAAGAAGCAGCAAAGUUAUUCACUUGCAGCCAAAACAUCAAUAACAGAGCAAUCAACCUCCAUUUCAUUAGAGUCUGGUGCUACAUCAGAGAAACAAGUGCCACUUCCUGCAGCUGAAAUUGCAAACAAGAAACCAGACCAAUCCCUGCUGACAGCGUCAGAUCUUCUGGAUGAAGCAUUGGAGCAGGAAACUCAGCCCAAUUCUGCACCACAGUCUGUUUCAGCAGAUUUUUGUAAGGAAUUAGGUAGACAAAGUACCCAACCUAUCUUGCCUACAGCAUCCAUGUCAGAACAUCCUAAGAGGGAAGCACAGAAGUCAGCAGUUCAAUCUUACUUACCUAGUGCUCCAUCAGCUAAAUCCAAAUAUUCCACUCUAUCUGACACAAGACAAGAGGAUAUUAUUCCUCAGUCAUCAGAAACUGCACAAUCUGAGUCUGAACACAUGCUAUUACCACAUUCUGUAGAGGAAACAGAGAAGCAAGAAACUGAGUGUCAUUCAUCAACAAUAGCACAGUCAGAAACUGAGCAUUCAGAUCUAUUGUACUCUGUUAAAAAAACAGAGAGUCAAAAGACCCCACCACCAGAAACCCAAAAUGUUAACUUAAAGAAACAAACAGAAACUGAGAAGCAAGGAAUUAAACUAAAUUUACCUCUUCCUGAAAAGAUAGAUUCUAAAUAUUUUGGCAUAUCAUAUCCUAUUCACACAGAAACACAAGAAACUUGGAAAACUUCAGCUGUAAAUAAAGGAGUAGAGUUGCAUCACCCUGAUUUUUCCAUUGAAAAAACCAAACAAGUAGAGAGUGCAAAAAUGGAGAUGGAGCAUCGAGAUUUCUCAUAUUCUAGCAAAGAAACUGAGGAAUCGGAGGGAACACAGAUAGAGACAGAGCAUCCAGACUUCUCUUUUUCCAAGGAAGAAAGAGAGGAAUUGGAGAGUCUGGAGCAUCCAGACUUCUCUUUUUCUAGGGGAGAAAUGGAGGACUCUGAAAGUGCCCAACUGCAGACAGAACAUCCAGAUUUCUCCUAUUCCAGGGAAGAAACAGAGGAAUCAGAGAGUGCAAAACUGGAGACAGAUUAUCCAGAAUUGUUUUUUUCCACAAAAGAAACAGAGGCAUUGGAGAGUGCCCAACUGCGGAUGGAACAUCCAGAUUUCUCAUAUUGCAAGGUAGAAAGAGAGGAAUUGGAGAGUGCACACCUGGAGACAGAGCAUCCAGAUUUAUUUUCCAAGGAAGAAACAGAAGAAUCAGAGAGUGCACAGCUGAAGAUGGCACAUCCAGACUUUUCUUCUUCAAGUGAAGAAAUGGAGGAAUCAGAGGGUGCACAGCUGGAGACAGAGCACCCAGAUUUCUCAUACUCCAGAGGAGAAACAGAGGAAUCAGAGAGUGCAAAACUGGAGACAAAUUAUCCAGAAGUGUUUUUUUCCACAAAAGAAACAGAGGCAUUGGAGAGUGCCCAACUGCACACGGAACAUCCAGAUUUCUCAUAUUGCAAGGUAGAAAGAGAGGAAUUGGAGAGUGCACACCUGGAAACAGAGCAUCCAGAUUUAUUUUCCAAGGAAGAAACAGAAGAAUCAGAGAGUGCACAGCUGGAGAUGGUGCAUCCAGACUUUUCUUUUUCCAGGGAAGAAACAAAGGAAUCGGAGAGUGCCCAACUGGAGACAGAGCACCCAGACUUCUCAUACUCCAGAGGAGAAGUGGUAGAAUUGGAGACUGCACAGCUGGAGAUGGAGCAUCCAUAUUUCUCAUAUCCCAGCAAAGAAAUUAUGGAAUCAGAGGGAAUGCAGAUGGAAACAGAGCAUCCAGACUUCUCUUUUUCUGAGGAAGAAACAGAGGAAUUGGAGAGUGCCCAACUGGAGACAGAGCACCCAGAUUUCUCAUGCUGCAGUAGAGAAAUGGUGGAAUCAAAGACGGCACAGCUGCAGACAGAGCACCCAGAUUUCUCAUACUCCAGAGGAGAAACAGAGGAAUCAGAGAGUGCAAAACUGGAGACAAAUUAUCCAGAAGUGUUUUUUUCCACAAAAGAAACAGAGGCAUUGGAGAGUGCCCAACUGCACAUGGAACAUCCAGAUUUCUCAUAUUGCAAGGUAGAAAGAGAGGAAUUGGAGAGUGCACACCUGGAGACAGAGCAUCCAGAUUUAUUUUCCAAGGAAGAAACAGAAGAAUCAGAGAGUGCACAGCUGGAGAUGGCACAUCCAGACUUUUCUUUUUCCAGGGAAGAAACAAAGGAAUUGGAGAUUGCCCAACUGGAGACAGAGCACCCAGACUUCUCAUACUCCAGAGAAGAAGUGGUAGAAUUGGAGAGUGCCCAACUGGAGACAGAGCACCCAGACUUCUCAUACUCCAGAGAAGAAGUGGUAGAAUUGGAGAGUGCCCAACUGGAGACAGAGCACCCAGACUUCUCAUACUCCAGAGAAGAAGUGGUAGAAUUGGAGAGUGCCCAACUGGAGACAGAGCACCCAGAUUUCUCAUACUGCAGUGGAGAAAUGGUGGAAUCAAAGACGGCACAGCUGGAGAUGGAGCAUCCAGACUUUUCUUUUUCCAGGGAAGAAACAGAGGUAUCAGAAAAUGUGCAGCUGGAAACAGAACAUCAGUUUUUAUUUUCCAGGGAAGAAAGAGAGAAACAAAAAUCUGUUCCUUUUGAACUGGAACGACCAGUGUCUUAUUCCCCUGAAGAAGCAGAGCAAGACGAAACAGCACAGCUUGCACUGGUACCUUCAGAUUUCUCAUGUUUUAUGGAAGAAGAAGAUAAAGAAAACACUGCAGAACUCCAGUUGGAACAUACAGAUGUAUCUGAUUCCACCAGAAGAGCUGAGACACAUCGAACUGGGUAUCUGGAAACAGCACAUUCGGAUUUACUAUAUCUCACAAAUAAAACAAAGCAGCAAGAAUUGGCACAAGUAGAUGUGAACAAUUCUCUUAUGUCACAUUUUGGUGACAAAAGAGAACAGCCACAGCCUGUACAGGAGGAUUCACAACCUGGAGGUAAGCUGUAUUCCCAUGCCAAGGGAGUGCAAGGAGAAACUACUGAACUGCGGUCAGAGCAUCCAGUUUUGUCAUAUUCUGCUGGAAAAGAACAGCAACAUAAAACCUCACAGCUGAGGACAGAAGAGAGAGAGAUGACAUAUUCCACUGGCAAAACAGAACAACAGGAAAUAUUGCAACCCUCGUUGGAGCAAGCAGAUUUGCCAUAUUCCCACGGAGAAACAGCACAAGCAGCUGUACAAAAAGAAGGUCCAGAGCCAUCAUGUUUCAUUAGUGAAGCAGAGCAACGCGAAAAUGUACAACUAGCUUCAGAAAACAGGGAUUUCUCAUUUACCACUGGAGAUAUAAUGCAAGAAGGGGUGGAGUCAGGAUCUUUGGGCUCCUCACAUUUGACUGACAGAGCGAAGACCUGGGAAAUGGCACAAGUGAAGCAGGAGCAGUCACUUCCCUCCUGUUCCACUGCUGGUAGUCAGGAACAGGAAACCACACCACUGGAUGUGGCCCAGCCAGAUUUUUCAUAUUCCUUUUGCAGAGUGGAACAAAAUAUAGUACAGGGAGAAGUAGAACAGCAGAAAACAGCCCAACAAAAAGCUAUGGAAACAGAGUAUUUGGGUUUGUCAGAAACCUGGGGGAAAGAAGAGCCACAGGUCACAGACCAAAGUAAUUUGGCACAGCAAGAAACAGCUCAAACAGUGUUAGUGCAUCCAUCUUCACCAUAUUCUCUCAGUGAACAAAUGCAAGAAGAAAUGCGAACGGAACCAGCACAUCCAGAACAGACAUUCUAUGUAAGCACAGAAAUGCAGGAGGAAAUGACACAACAAAAAUCAGUCCAACCAUUACUCUCAAGUUUUACUGGCAAAACAGAGCAACAAGAAAUAGUACAUCUAGAGCUGGAGCAAACAUUUUUGCCAUCUUCCACUGGAAAAGAAGCUCCGCUGGAAAUGGAAGUGAGUUCAGAAUAUCCAGAUUUGUCAUAUUGCUUUCACGAAGCUGAACAACAAAAAAUGUUGAAACAUCCAACCUUACCAUUUCAUUUGAAGCAACAAGAAACUGCACCACUGGUAAUGGCACAUCCAGAUUUUUCAUGUGACAGUGGUGAAGCAAGACCAGGUGACACUGUACAGCAGGAGUCAGAACAUCCAGAGCUCUCAUACUCCAUGGGAGAAACACAAGGACAAUCAAAACAUUUGGAAUCACCAAGAACCCUGAGUGAAGCAGCACAGGAUGAAUGUAUGCAAGUGGAAUCUAAAUACUCAAAUUUGACAUGUUCUGAUGGCCAAAAAACCCAGCAAGAAACUUCACAAUUGAAUUCAAAAUAUCCAGAUUUAUCAGUUUCCUUUGGUAAAGCCAAAGAACAAGGAACUCAAGAGUUUGAGUCUAAAUAUCAAGAAUUGCCUAAAAUGCCCAGAAAAAGAGCUUCUCCAGCAACUGCACAAAUGGAGUCAAAACUUCUAGAUUUGACAUAUUCCCCUGGCAAAGCAAACGAGCCAGAAAUUGCACAAUGGGAAAUGAAGCAUCCUGAUUUAUCACAUUGCACUGAUGAGACAAACCAACAAGAAGUAGUAGUGUUGGACCAGAAACACAGAAAAAUUUCUGUUGGCAGAGAAAAGCAGCAGCAAACCACAAAACAGCAGUUAAAGCAAGAAAAGUUAUCACAUUCUCCUGGUAAAACAGAGCAAUUAAAACAUGCCCAGGAGGACUUGGAACAACCAGAUUUAUCAUCUUCCAUUGACAGGCCGGAUGAUGAAGUGGCCCCACCAGAGGCAGGACACGCUGAUGCGACAUAUCCUCUGGACAACACAGAGGUGCAACAGAGAGUACAACGAGAAUCAGAGCAAACAGGUUUCACUUGCCCAUUUGGAAAAGCAGAACAGAAAACAGUUCAACCAGAAGUUGAAAUUCCAUGUUUAGCCCAUUCUGUGGGUAUGGCAGAAGAAGAAGAAAUGGCAGAAAAAGGGCAGGAACAUCCUGACUUGCCUUACUCCACUUUCAAAGCAGGACGACUGCAGUCUGCACAGCUGAAACCCGAACACCCUGGUCCAGCAUGCUCCCUCGACAAAAUGCAAGAAACGACCCAGCUGGGGUUGGAACAACCAGAUGUGUUGUAUUUUCAUGACAAAACAGAGCAGUCCCCACCUGCCCAGCCAGAGCUGGGCCACACAGAAUUGGCAUCCCCCGCCGACAAAGUGGGGCAGCAAGGGAUGAAGCAUACAGCCAUGGAACACUCUGAUGAGGGACAGCCUGUCAGCAGAGCCGAACAUCCACAAGCUGCAAAAGAGAAAGUACGAGCUCCAGAUGCAUCAUCUCAUAGUGGAAAAGCGGAGCAAAGAGAAAUGGCAAAACCAGAGCCAAAGCAUCCUGAUAUAUUAUAUUCCAUUGGUAAAACACAGACACAAGAAACUGUACAAGUGAGGUUAGGAAAACCAGUUCUAUUAUCUUGGCCUGGCAAAACAGAACAAGCACAAACUGCUCAAAAGGAGCAGCCAGGCUUCCUGUAUUCCUUUAAAAAAGCUGCACAAGGAGAGAAAGUACAGCUAGAAUUGGGACACUCACAGUUACCUUAUUCUGUUACUGAGGCAGAACAAGAAACUGCACAUGCAAAAUUGAACCAUUCAGGUUUAUCUACUGGCAGGUUAGAACACCAUGAAAUCAUACAACCAGAGGCAGAACUAAUGGAUUUUUCAUGUUUAAUUGGUGAAACACAGCAAUCUCAAAUGGCUGAAGUAGAUUUGGAUUAUCCAGAUUUAUGGCAUUCCACUGACACAAUGCAGCGACAAGAAAAUAUUCAACCAGAGCAGAAACAGCCAGGUGAUUUUUCAUCAUCUCUCAGCAAAGAAGAACAAUGGGAAGGUGCAGAAAUGCAGGCAGAACACCCUGAGCUGCAGUCCUCUAUGGGGAAAGCAGAAGGAAUGCAAAAUUCCCAAGCAAAAUCAGAAUAUACAGAUUUGUCAUUCUCUGGCACAGCAGAACCUCAUGAAACAACACAGGCAGAGUUGAAAGAACAUGAUUUGUUCCAUUCUUUUGUCAAAACAAAGCCAUCAUGGGCUGCCCCACUGGAGUCUGAACAUCCAGAUGUCCCAGAUGCCAUGGGCAAAGUACCGCACCCUGAUUUGUCCUCUUUUGCUACUGAGGAAAAGCAAAGUGCACAGCUGGAGGUCAAACAGGAGAGGGGAAGCUAUACAUUACACCCAGAGGAAACAGCACGACUGAAACUGGAACAGCCAACGUUGUCAAGUUCUCAUGGCACAGCACAGCAACCAAAUAGGGCCCCACUGGAAGGGGAAUUCCCAGACUUCCUGUAUUCCUCUGGCAAAAAAGAUCAACAAGAAAUGGCAAAACAAGAGUUGGAGCAUUCAGAUUUAUCAUAUUCCAUUGAUAAAACACAGCAACCAGAAACCACAAAACUUGGGUUAGGACAACCAGAUUUAUCAUCUUGCCCUGGGAAGGCAGAGGAACCACAAACUAUUCAAAUGGAAGCAGAGCAUCAGGACUUGAUGCAUUUCACUGGCAAAACAGAAUGGCGAAGAACAGCACAACCAGAGGUUGAGCAUCCAGAUUUGUCUUAUUCCAGUGACAAAGCAGAGCAGCCACUGACUACAAAACAGAAAUCAGAGCAGCAUGUAACACCCCAUCCCACUGGAAAAACAGAGGAACAACGAAUGGCACAUCCAGAGCAGGAACUUCCCCAUUUAUCAUAUUCCAUUUGCAAAACACUGUCACAAGAAGCAACACAAAUGGACUUAGGGCAACAAGAUUUAACGUAUGCCCUUGGAAAAACAGAUGAAAUGCAAACUGUGCAAGGUGAACAGGAAAAUACAGGUUUGUUGUAUUCUUCUGGCAAAAGAGAACAAGAAAUGGUAUUGCCAGAGUUGCAACAUCCACAGCUAUCUUACCCUGUUAGAGAAACAGAAGAAAAAGCUAUGCAUCAGAAAUCAAACUAUCCAGAUUUGUCAUAUUGUAUUGGACGACAAGAGCGCCGUGAAAUUGAACAACCAGAGGUGGAAGAAAUGGAUUUAUCUUAUCCAGCUGGCAAAUCAGAGCACUCACAACCAGCCCAAAAAGUACUGCAACAGCCAGAUCUUUUGGAGUCCUUUGGUGAACUAGAGGCAAAAAGAAUGGCGCAGCCUGGCUUUUUGCGCUCCCUUGGUGAAGAAAAGCAGAAACCAGCUUCACCAGUAGACUUAGUGCAACCUGAUUUAUCACAUUCACUUGGCAAAACAGAAAAACAGGAAACUGCACAAAUGGGGUUCAUGUCUUCUGAUUUUUCAUAUUCCACAGGAAAAGCAGAGCAGUUGCAAAUGGAACAAGUAAAAUCAAAACGUCCAGAUUUCUCAUAUUCUCUUGUCAAAGCAGAGACUUGUGGAAUGAAACCACCAGAUUUAUUGCACUCCUAUGGCAAAGCAGAGCGACCACAGACUGUCCAGCUAGAGCAUCCAGAGACAUCAUAUUUCACGGGCGAAAUGGAGCGAAGGGGUGGGGACCAACCUGAACUGCAGUGCAUUAAUUUGCAGUACUCUGUUGUUGAAACAGAGCAACCAGAAACACCUUCUGUAUCAUAUACCUUUGGCAAGAAUGAGGAGCAGGGAACUGCACAACCAGACUUUGAACAAUCAGGUUUAUUAAGUCCUACUGACAAAGCAGAAGAGCAUGAAACAGCCCUGCUGAGAGCAGGGCUUUCAGAGAAGCGAGACACUGGGGCUACUUCAUCUCUAAGUGCUCAGUUGGAAACUAAGCAACAAGAUUUAUCCUUUGCCACUAAGAAAGCAGAAGGCCAACCGUAUUCAUCUCUUACUGAACAAACAGUGUCUGUACCUUUGGUUAUUUCACAUUCUGUCUCUGAAAUAAAAUCAGAAGGAAGUCCAAAGUCUUUACCUGUAACUGCAGACCUGUCCCCCAAGCACUUAGAAUUAUCUUACACCCACUGUAAAACAGAGCAGGCAGAAACUGCCCAGCCUGCAUCAGGUUUCUUUUUUGCAAGAAAAGAAGCAGAGAACAUAAAAAUUCAUCCGCAUUUGCCUGUCUCUGCACGAUCAGAGACUGACCAUGUCAUUUUACCUGAAACAGAGAGAGAACGAACUCCACAUUACUUCCACACAGCUACACAAUUAGAAUCUGAACAAUUAAAUUUAUCAUAUUCUACAGAUAAAGCAGAAACUCUAGAAAGUCAAGAUUAUUUAACUGUAUCUUCAAAACUGGAGUCUGAACCUUCAGUUCCAUUUUAUUCACCUGAUGAAACAUGUCAGCAAGAAAUUCCACCUUAUUCAAAACCAGCUUCUGAGUAUUUGGUUCCCACAUGGUCCCCUGCUGAACAAGAAAAGCAAAGCAUGCAGCCACUUAUUCCCCAGUCUGCACAAUCAGAGUGUAAACAUGUAAUUCCACCACAUGAUGAAAAAGAAGUGCAGAACAUUCAGCUCUAUUCAUCUAAAUCAGCAAGUUUGAAAACAGUGCAGUUAGAGAGUAUGUCUCUAAUGCACACACAAGACCAUGAUAAGCAAGAAUCUCAAGAUCAUUUGUUGGACACAAAAUAUUUGUCAUCAGAGCAGCUAAGAAGUACUCCCAAAUUCAUUGCUGAGCACGAUAAGCAAGAAAUACAACCUGAUGUGCAGACAAUGCCAAGGUUGGAGACCACAGAGUCAAAGGUGGCUGGUGUAGCAAGGCAGCAAGCAGUGUCAUCAGAUUCAUUUGUACCUUUUGAUAUAUUACCUGAAAAGUCAGUAUCAGUGGUUUUCACUGAUGAUGAAGAGAAACAAAAUAUUCCAUUAUCUGUAUCUGAUGUAGUAGGCAUGCUUGCAAAGCAACCUAGCAUAAUUUCAGGCAUUUAUACUGAAGAAGAGGAUAGACAUGAAAUGCAACCAUAUUUUGCAGACCAAAAGCAUACAUCCUUAAAGCACCUGGGCGCUGUUUCAUCAGAUGUUGUUUAUGAAACUGUGACACACAAAACUCAGCAUUAUACCGGUGAACGGGACAGCCUUCCUUCAGCAGAGAUGAAGUCCAUUAGCUCUAGUUCUGAUGAAAAGCAGAAUCCAGAUAUUUCAUCUUUUGGGCUAGCUAGCUGGCUGGCAGAAGAGGUGAAAGCUCGCUCAAUUAGUCCAAUAAGAGCUACAGAAGUGGACAGGCAAGGAAUUCAACUUUCUCCAAAUGAAACUUCUGAUUUUGGAUCAAAACAGUUCCCAGCUGGAAGUUGCACAGAACUUACAGUUCAUGGUACUACAAAGAAUAAAGGAGAUAUGUUUAGAGUUUCUGAUUCAGUGUCAAGUGAAACUUCCCACAGAGUGUCCUCAGAAACUAGUCACAGAGCACAAAGGUAUGAUUUACCAUCUCUAAGAGGACAUAAUCCAGGUCCAGAAAAAGUUCCGAAGCAUGAAACUAGGAUUGGAAACCCUACAAAAAUGGAAGCAGUGCAAUAUCCAGAGGUAGACAAAGUGCCUGAAGGGCCUGAGCAUUGCCUGAGAGAAGAAGAGGAAGAAAUGGAACAUGCAAGUGCUGUAGAAGACAGUCAGCAUGCUCCAGAGCCUACUGAACAAAAAGAUCUAUUUAAUAUAAUUUCAGAAGGUUAUGAAAUACUCAAUAUUCAUGCUCCUACACAUAUUUCUUCUGUUGAUCAAGAAGAAAGUAAACACAUGCCAGAUAAACUAGAAUACUUGGAAACAAAUCCUUCAUUUAAAAGAAAAUUAGCUGAUGAUAGCCAUAGAGCCCUAGCUUCUGGAAUGACCACAGAAAUUUCAGAAGGCUCUGUGUUGGAAAAGCCUGCAAGCCAUGAACUGGAAGAAUUGGUAAAAAAUGAUGAUGUUGAGGAAAGUGGAGAAACACAAGAAAAAAAUCCCAUGUUGCCAGAAAGCAAUAAUAAUUCUGUGUUGGAUCCUAAUAAUGGUAUGGCUGAUAUGGAUUAUUUUGAAAAAUAUACCUUGAUUGAUGACAAAUCCCCAAUUAAGCCACAUUUUGAAAGACCAAGUUCAUUGUUUCCUGUGACAGAAGAUCCCAAUGAACCUGUGGAAGAAGCCACUUCUUUUAAAGAAAGUGCUGAGGUAGAUACUUUGGAAGAGGAGUUUUCAUUACUUGAGGAUCUGGAUGAAGUCUUUUAUGGUGCUGUGAAAGGAGAAAGCAAAAUGCAGAUCUAUGCAGAUGCUCCAAACCCUUUACCUCUGCCGAAAUCACUUGAUAUUGGCAGUAAAAAGGUAACAAAUGUAGAAGAUGAACGGAAGUCACCAGGGACCCCACUCUUUGAUUCAGAAGAAGGAGUGCUAGAACGAUCUCUGUUGUUUCCUACCACUGUUGCUGCAGUUAAUCCAGAGCUUUUAGAGGAGCCACCUGCUCUGUCAUUUUUAUACAAGGACCUCUAUGCAGAAGCAGUAGGAGAAAAGACAAAGGAUGAGACUCCUUCUGAUGAGGAAAGUGGUAAUUCUAAUGCAUCUUUCCCUAGUAGAAAUUCAGAUACAGAUGAUGGAACAGGAAUAUAUUUUGAAAAAUACAUUCUUAAAGAUGAAAUUCCAAGUAAGGCCGUACAGCCUCAAAAGGAUCAGAUGUCAGAGGAUGAGUCCUUUAGUAGAGUAAUUUCAGUUCAGAGUUCAGAGGACAAACACAAGCAGGGGUCUGGUGAUGUUCAGUGUGUCAUAACUGAGUUUCUGCCAGAAAGGGGUGUUGUGGAGAGAGAGAAAGUCCAGGUUGACAGUGACAUUAAAGCAACAAUUUGUAAACCAAUACAUGCUAUUCCUUUUGGAAGCAAAGAAAUUCUUUCAGGUGCAAGAAGUGAUACCACUGAACAAAGAGAAGAAGAAAAUGUACCUGUAGAAACAUCUGAGGAGUUGCCAGAGCAAUCUAGUCAUCAAGUGUACAGUCAACUAGUGGAUUAUCAGGCAGAUACAUAUCAAGAAGCUACUAGUAAGCAGGAAGAACAGCACGAAAUAACAGCAAUUCCUGAAAUGCAAAAAUAUGUCCCAUAUGUCCGUACUCCUGUUGAAGACAGUGAAGAUGAUCAGUAUACCCAGGAAAAUCUUUCACACGUCCCUACCAUUCAGAAAACAGAGAAGCCAGACUUUCCAAGAGAGGAGCAGCACCCUGAUGUUUAUGAAGAUCUUCCUGAGUCAAUGGACUAUGAUGUGAUUACACAAGAAGAACUUUUGCAAGAUGAAAUAUCAUCUCAAUUCACACAUGAGGAGCUAUUAUUUGAAGACAGGGACUCUUUUGAGCAUGUUGGUGAUAAUUAUGAAUUUGUUAAUGAGCCAGAGCAAAGAACACCUGUUGAGCUUGAAGAUUCAGGCUUUGUGGUGAUGUAUCCUGAAAAAUCAGCAACAAACGUUCCUCAAGUUGAGAGCCCACAAAGAGAACUGAAGAAAGUGCAAGCGGACACAUAUUGUUACCACUGCAAAUGCCCAAUAUCUGCUAUUGACAAGCUUUUUGGAGAACAUAAAGACCAUGAAGUCACAACACUAGAUGAUGCUGCAACAAAGAUGAAGGAUCGCUUAGGUGAAUUGCUAAUAGCAGUGGAAGAAAAGUCAAUGAAGAUUGAAGAGUUUGUGAGUGAUAUUGAAUCACUAUUUAACUCUGUUGAGAAAAACUGUAAGAAAAAUGCAGAGUUAUUGGAAAAGCAGAACGAAGAGAUGCUUAAGAAAGUGGUAGCACAAUAUGAUGAGAAAUCAGAUAACUUUGAGGAAGUGAAGAAGUUGAAAAUGGAGUACCUGUAUGAGCAGAUGGUUAACUUCCAGCAAACUGUUGAUUCAGCAAAGGAAACUUUGGAGACAACAGUAAAAGAAAUGGAAGAACUUGAUGGAUUUGUUUUCCUAAAUUCAUCUAAAGAAUUGAAUAAAAGGUUACUUUCUGCAAUGGAUACUACUCUCUCUUUAGAAAAGGUGCCCAGUGCUUUUUCACUGUUCGAGCACUAUGCGGACAGUCCAGGACAAAGCAACCAGCACUCCUUAAAACAUGUGGCUGUCCCACAGACGCCGACUGUCGUACCUCAGGAACCAAAUUCAGCCACCAGCACCUCCAUUGCCGUUUACUGGGCUGUGAACGAUGGGGACGCCAUUGACUGCUUCCAAGUCUACUGUAUGGAGGAGCCGCAAGCCAGCAAAGAUGCAGGGGCUUUGGUGGAAGAGUACAGAGUGACGGUGAAGGAGAGCCACUGCAUUUUGGAGGAUCUGGAGCCGGAUCGCUGCUACAGUGUGUGGGUCAUGGCUGUGAACGGCACAGGCUGUAGCCUACCCAGUGAAAAAGCCAUUUUUAAAACAGCGCCCACUGUCCCCAUCAUCAAGGCUGAGGACUGCAUGGUGUGCUGGGACAUGGCCACCGUCCGCUGGCACGCUGGCUCGGCAUCAGUGGAGUCCUUCACCCUGGAGUACUGCCGACAGCACUCACCAGAAGGAGAGGGUCUCAGAUCUUUUGCUGGUAUUAAGAGACCUGAAAUGAAAGUAUCCCUGGAGCCCAAUGUGAACUAUUUCUUCUACUUGAGAGCUGUCAACCCAUUUGGGACAAGCGAACAAAGUGAAGCAGCUCUCAUCUCAACUAAAGGGACUCGAUUUCGCCUGCUGAGUGACACAGCCCAUCCUGCUUUGCAAAUCUCCUCCAAUGCAACGGUGAUCUGCCUUCCUGAGAAAGCCAAAUUCACUGGGUUUCCUUCAGUCCUGGGUGAACUGCUGCCUGCUCGAGGAUGUCAUUACUGGGAAACUAUUGUCACUGCCUGCAGAAGCUACAGGAUUGGGAUUGUCUACGAGGCAACGUCACGGAGCAGUGUCCUGGGGCUGAGUGAUACCUCCUGGUGCAUGCGGUGCUGUCCUACACAAACCAGCUUUCUUUACAGAUUUCUUCACACCGGUGUGAUGAGCGAUGUUCGUGUGACAGAACACCCAACUAGGAUUGGCAUCCUGUUGGAUUACAGUGGCGGCAGACUGUUGUUCUUCAAUGCAGAGAGAGGACUGGUGCUGUUCACCAUUAGGCACAAAUUCACUGAUGCUGCUUACCCGGCCUUCGCCCUGGAGAAGGCUGGAGCACUUACCCUGCACACGGGCAUGGAGCUGCCGGAGUUCGUGAAGCACAGCUAAUCCCCUGCCUCACACUCUCAGGAAAACUGACAAUUACAGUGUCAGUGGACAGGGAGGGGAAGGGGGUGUCAGGGAGGGAUGUCUAGUCUUCACCAAUGAAUGCCACGCACACAGCUCUCCUGCACAUUAUCAGCAAUUGUAGUUAGUGCUCAGACACAUAAUCAACCUGAGUGAGGAGAGAAAAUCAACUCCUUCAGAUAAAGCGUGCACCUAGUGAUAUACACAGCAGUACUUUUGAAGGAAAAAAAGUUUUGUUAGAUAUGAACAUUAAGAGGGGGGGAAAUGUACUUUCCCUGUGAAAAUAAUGACAGUGCUAGCUGUCCUUUUUAAAGUUGAUGAUGAGCCUGUGUAUAAAAUAAAUGCAUCUCUCACUGCAA